UUCGAUUAUGCGCCGAUACUCAAUUCCCACAUGAAGGAAAUAGGUGGGAUAUAGAGACUAAUGCAUUGGCAUCAUAUUACGAAAGAAAAUGAGUUUCUUUAAAUCUUCGGGUAAAUCUAAGCAACAGAAGGAGCAGAUUGACAUCCUGGUGCAGGAGACGGAAGAUUUAAAAAAGAGCGAGGAUCUGUUAAAACAGAAAGCACAGGAGGCGGAAGAAAACUCCAUGGAGCUUACACAGACCGUCCAAAGGCUGAAAAUAGAAAACACAGAACUGAAAAACAAAUUAGACACAGAAGAGCCAUAUGAAAAGAUUUUCAAUGAAAGACAGGAUCUCAUUGAACAAAACAGCGAAAAGAUGCUAAAAAUAAAACAGCUAGAUGCAGAGCAAAAACAGUUGAAAAAUGAUUUAGAAACAUCCAGACAAGAAAUUACAACAAUUUUCAAAGAAAAGGAAGAUGCCGUGAAACAAAUGGCAGAAGAGAAAACUAAACUAGAGGAAUUAACUUCAGACAGAGAAGAACUUGAAAACCGAAUAGAAGAACUUGAAAAUAAAAAUAGGGAGUUCGAAGAUGAAAUUAUAAAAGUGAAACAGGAAAUGAGAUCACUUGGUGGUGAGAAGGAAGAAAUCGAACGCUUGGCAGCAGCGGAGAAAACUAGUCAUUCAAAACAAAGCAUGGCAUAUAUUGAAGAACUGAGAAAAGAACUUUCAGAAAGUAAAGCGAAAAUCGAAUCAAUGCUGCUUGAAAGUGAAGCCUUAAAGUCAGAGAAUGAAGCUCUUUUUCGAGCAAAUGAAUCAAAAAAGGAGGAAAUAACAGAGAUACAAAAGGACGUAAGCGGUAUUAAAACUGAGCUUAAUCUAGAAAAACUUCGAUAUCAGAAACUGAAAAAGGAAUGGGACGAUGAAAAGAAAAAAACGGAAUUUGUAUUAGUUAGUAAACGAAGUAAACAGAAGAAGACAUUGGAAACGUUCAAGGAAGAAAACGACUCAGAAGAUGAGCAUGUUGUAAGCGUAGUUGAAGCCGCAAAGGCUGAAAGAGAAGAACUAAAAGGAAAAGAAAGAGAACUAAAAAGGCGAGUAAGUCAACUGCAAACAGACAAAGAAGAGCUGUUUCGUUCUGGGACAACACUUUUUGCCGAAAAUAAAAGCAUAAAAGCUAAGUAUGAAAACGUUAUGAGUGAACGUACCACACUUUUGCAGGUAGAGGCUGCAUUAAAACGUAAAGUUCGGGCACAAGAAGAAGAAAUAAAAGACUUAAAGAAAACUGUGGAUGAUCUUUACUAUCAAAAUGUUGCUAUUAGGAGUAACGAGGAGAAAGACAAGAAAGGCGCCUAUGUUGUAGUUAUGGGAAAUGAAAUGAUUAAGGAGUUAGAACGAGAGAAAAGUGCGCUUCAUAGAAGAGUGAAGUAUUUAGAACGAGAAAACAACGAGAUAGAAGGUCGUGUUAUUGAGCUUGAACGCAGAUCAAAGGAAUUGGUAGAUUACUCACGAACACAUGACAGAGAAUCAUCGUUUGCCGAAAUACGUCAUAGAAAAGAUUCUGGAAAUGAUUCGACAAGAGGUAGGCACAAAUAUAAGGACCAUCGAAACAUUGAACGGAAUAGAGAUCGCGAAAGAGAUGGUUAUUCAGACCGUGAAAAAUACAGCGACAGAGAAAGAUAUUCAGGGAAAGACAAACGAGAUGACAGGGAUCGGGAUCGGUAUUCCGAACGUGAUCGAGACCACAGUUCAGGCCGAGAUAGGCAAUCGAAAAAAGACAAAGACCGCGAUUUAGAAGACCGAAUAAGCAGACUUUUGGACAAGAGACCGCCUUCAACCAAAGUCUAUCACGAGUACAGAGAAAGAAGACCGUCCGUGAUAGCCCCAUCGAAGAGCCCCGACUUUUACAAGAGUAAUGCACCACCAUUCAACUAUCCCGGGUCCCGGCAACUAAGCAUUGGGCCAGUGAGUAUAAGGUCACAUCAGAGUCAUGGGUCACGAAUAUCUCUCCCCCAGAUCGACAGCAGAUCACAGUCACCAAGAGCGCACUCACCGAGGGAACAUCACGCCAGGAAAGUGUCGCCUGUGAGGCGUUUAUGAUUUAUGUUCUAGGAAAUCUUCAUGGAACGCCCUUUACAAAUGACAAGUUUACUUUUUUACGACAUCAUUUAUUUCUUUAUUGAUGCAUUGAAUCUUUGUAUAUAUAUUUCACACCUGACACUAUUUCUGUCAUGCAUUUCAGCGGUGUAUGCCAUUCUUGUUUCCGUUGUUUUAUGUUACGCUGUCAUUUUUAUACGAAAAUGUUUGCUUUUUGAUUUUUAAAAUUCCGCGAAUUAAAUUUGGUCAGUUUAUGAAAAUUAGUGUAAUAUUUCGGAUUACGUCU